UUUCAAACAGCUAUGGCGUCGUUAACCGUCUAUAAAUAAGUUGUUCGUUUAGAUCGCACAUUACUUUGUUUCGCCGAUAAUGUAAUUAGUAAUUUGUGUCAAAGUGUUACAAUAUAUUUCAUAAUCCGUGCAAAAUAUACGCAGGGGCUUAAGGACUGCUCUUAAAGGUGAGAGGUCUCCCGAGUUGAGAAAAAUACUCGCGGCAGCAGCUGGAGCUGGAGCUUGAGCUUCCGGUCGUAUCUGAAAAAUCGACACACUUCGUAAAUCGUCAACGAGUCACGACCUGGCUUCGACCUUGAAACCUUUUGCUAUACGUUCGGUCGGCGGUCUUCGCGAAAGAGAUUAUCAGCUAGCGGCGCAAAGGCGUAACGAGGCCUGCAGAAGAUUUGAUUAUAAUUUGCAGACCGCAAAAUAUUUCGAAAGAGAAUCGAGGCUAGCGCACCACUUCGACUCCUGGAGUUCGAGGGGCCCGACUAAGGGGGCGAGCAAGGCGGAGAAACUCCACGCGAGACGAGAUAGUUUGAGAAAAAUGUUGAGGGAAGAGGAAGCCGAUCAGAGGAGCGAGAUGAUCGAGCGAUCCCUCUCGUCCAAGGGAGCGGCGUCUCCCCGGAAGGAGGAGGGCGAGUCGGUCGGAGAUCUGAGGAAAAAACUCGAGAGUAAAAGGGCGGAGAAGGCCCUCUAUUACCCGCAUAAUUACGGGUGCUAUCGAACGUGCAAUGGUCUUUGCGAUUCGGUUACAUCUUGUCCCCGUCACUAUGAAAACGAACGUCACAUUGAUGCUUGCAGAAACUCCCAGCUUAGCAUGGAGGAAACCAAUCUAAGGAAUUACUCCACCGACUGCCAGGGGCGCAGGGAAGAUCCGAGUAACCGGCAUCACGGGGAAAAACGACAUCUCCAAGGGCACACCAUCUACGGUACCAACGUCGAUUCCUUCGCACACUUCUCCGAGCAGCCCGUUAAACCCGCCGGCGAAAGAAGGCACUACGAGAGUUCCUACAACAACGUGGACGAAGGGACCACCAGGUACAACAACCGAGGAGACUCCGACGAUCUCGCCGCCGCCGCCGCUUUGUACGGCCGUCACAGAGACGAGCAGGAGAAGUCGGCGGGAUUUUCCGGAUCCGCGGCGGUCUCGGAACGAAGGCAUUUCAACCGGUCUUCGGCCGAUUCCUUCAGGAGUCUGGCCCACACGAAUUUGAGGCAGGCCGGGGCCGAGGGCUGCGCACCGGGAUCGGAGGCGCGGGCGCAAACGGAAGCGGAGGAGGAACCGGAGGAGACUCGUUCGGAAAAUGGUGGCGAGGAGGAGGAGGCGGCCGAUGAGCGCGAUGAGCGCGAGGAGCGGGAGGAGCGGGAGGAGCGGGAGGAGCGGGGCGACGACGCCGUGGACGACCACCAGCCCCAGAGCCCGGGCUACAACAACAAGAAAAAUUCGUCCACCGACAAUUUGAACUUCUCUUGGAAGUACGACGACCCGAACAAACGGCCCGCCUCCUUCCUCGCCCACCACGAGCUGAUAAACCAGAUACAGGAUAUGGUGAGCAGGGAAGUCCAGGCUUGCAAGAAACAAAAUUGGAGCGAAGCCCUCCGCCUCAGGGACAUGCGUAACCGGCUCGAACUGCAGAGAGAAGUGGAAAUAUUCAAAGAGUCGGGUAUCCGGAUGAACAACGAGGCGAGGAGGUCGCAGAUGAAGAAACUCGCCGAGAGGAUCAAACUGAUGGACAAGAGGGAGUCGGGGGGAAAUCAACACCUGAUCUACAGCGAGGAAGCGAGGACUCUGUGGGAGACCAGAGUGCGGGAGGACGAGGCGAUUUGGAGCAAGGUCGAUCUCGUCGACAGGGAGAUGUUGCUGCAAGAGUUGGAGGCGGAGUGGGAAGCUAUGGCGGAGAAGGACAAGGAGCGGGCGUCCGAGAGUCCGCACAAGACGAACAAGUCGCAUUUUCAGGAGGAAUUGGAGCUGACGGCGGCGGCUAUGGAGAAGGUGGCGGUCGAUCGUGUCUAUCACGCCUCCAACGAGGAGUCGAAGAAUUCGUGCACUCGAAACAAAGAUAAAGGCGCUUCCAGCCUGAUAUUCCUCGGCUGACUCGACGUACGCCGAUUUUAUUACCGGACGUAGGCCUCGUAGAAUCCUGUAGAAUCGUAGUUACAUGGUAGAAUUUAUUCGCAACAAUCGGUGAUGGGUAGAUUAUUUUUACGCGUAUUCCAAAGCGGCGAUUACCGGAAUACGUCGUCAGUCAUCCGAGUGGCUUUUACGCACAUAUGUAAUUCGGUGCUCGUUUUUCGCUUUUUUUUUGUUCCUUUCCCCGAUCGACUCUGCUUUCCCGCACAUCGAUAAAACUUCGCACGAUGGGGCGAAAACCAAAUGAAUAAUAAAUUGUAACCCAAAUGUAACCUUAUUAAUUUUUACGGUGCUAACAGUUAUCAUUAUCCGAUAAGCGUUUAGAUUAAAUACUCUAUACAUAAGUUUUUCCUAACAUUAUUCUAACUUUGCUUUGAAAUUUUACGAGGCUUAUUUUCUCAGAACCGUUUCUUAUUCCACAGAUUUCUGAUCACUGAAUAUUGUUACGCUUAAUUAUCGCUGUGCUAUAUCGUCAAAUAAAAAAGCAAAUUCAGCUUAAUCGGCUAAUCCAA